GUAGGCAGGGGCUGCUCGAGCGGGUGCCGGGAGCGGCCCGGGCAUGCGCGGUAGGCAGGGGCUGCUCGAGCGGGUGCCGCGAGCUGUCGGUUAGCGGACGCCUUCUCCUUCUGCGCCCCGAGCCCGUCAUUGUCUCCGUCUCAAAGCCUAAAAUAUUAAGUAAUGGAACCCAAAGUGGUUGGCGAGGGUAUAAAGGAUAAUCCUUUCAAAUUGUUUAUUCCUCCAAGAGUGAACUAUGGCCCCGUUUCUGCAGUUAGACCACAAGAAGUGGCAAAUCAAAACCUUUUCAUGCAGAAUUCUAAUGGUUGCCAUGAAGAUGAAAUUGAUGUUGACUUCUUAAUGGCGAGUGCACCUAAGUUAUCUAAAGCUGGAAACCAAGAGUUUAUAGAUCCAGUUUUUCUAAAACCACAGAAGAUGCACAUUGUGGAAAAAGAGAAUACUGAACAUAUAAGCCAGUUAUACACAAAACUAUUCCAGGAAGCAGAGAAAAUCAAGAGGUGGAAAUUAUCCAUAGAAAAUGAACUUUGGCAGAAGGAUAAGAAAUUACAAGAAAAUAAACAAACUAUUGAAGUUCAGCGUCAAGCAAUACAAGAGCAACAAUUUGAAAAUGAAAGUCUCAGUAUGAAACUAGAAGAAGAGAUAAGUAAAAAUGAAGAAGCAACAAAAAUACAUAAUGCCACAAGAGAUUUGUGUUCUCUUGUAAAUGAAUCCUCUUCCCGAUUAGCUGAAAAAAUAAAAGCAUAUGAAUCAGAAAGAGAUGAAACACGGCGACUUUAUGCUGAAAACUUUGAAAAUAUUGAGCGAAUAAUAAUGGCCUUUGAGGAACUUCGCAUUCAAGCUGAAAAUACAAGAUCAGAAAUUAUAUUUAAGUUAAAUGAAGAAAUUGAACAAAGAGAACAGCUUAAGAAUAAGUAUCAACAUCAAUUAAUUGAUAAAGAAAAUGAGGUACUGCAGUUCCAACAGCAGUAUAAACAAAAAGACACUGAGCUUCAUGAAACGUGGAUUAGUCUACAGGAGUCCACAAUCAAAUGUGAUCAGCUAGAGGAAGCAACUAGGCAUCUCAAUGAAAAACUUCUGGAGUUACAUGCCAAAGAACAAAAUUUGACAACUGAAUUGGAAAAAACGAAGGACUUACUGAACAAAAGAGAGAUUUCUCAAAAGUGUGUUGAAGAAGAAUUAGAAAGUGCAAAGGAAGUCAUCAUUCAGAUAAUGAAAGAAAAGGAAAGCAAAAUUGAAGAAUUUGAAAAAGCUAAAGCAAACAGUGAAUCAGCAAUUGAUGGACUUAAAAAUACAGUAAAACAUUUGGAAGAGUCAUUCAGAACAGAACAACAAAGAUUUGAGCAGGUCCAAGAAACGUUACAGAUUUCUUCUUUAGAAUUGGAAAAAAAGAUUGCAAUACUAGGAGAAUUGGAGCAAAUUAAAAUUGAAAAUGAAUUGAAGAUUAACCAACUCACAGAGGCUUUGGAAAACAAUUCAAAAAGCAAAGAAAAAUUAGAGGAAGAACUAGCAAAUGAAAAGUUAGAAAGCAGGAAGUAUUUUGAAGAAUCGGAAAUGGAAAAGAAAAUAAGAAAUGACUUACAAGAUAGUGUGGCGAUAUUGGUACAUAAAACAGAAGAUCUACAAAAAAGUGUAGACAAACUAAUGAAAGAAAAUGAAAACCUAAAGGAAAUAGCUGAAAACAAUGAGAACAUACAUACUGAGCUUCAAAGACAGAUAGCUAAUGCACUUGGAAAAGAAAAGGAUUGUUUUGAACAAAUGAACAUCUUGAAGACGGAGCACGAGGAAGAAAGAAAAAGAUAUGAUAAGCUCUAUUCAGAUUACAACAUUCUGUUAGAAGAGAAGGCAGCUCUUUUGCAAGACCUAAGCAAUGAAAGUGCAAAAAUUAAAGAUCUCCAAAAGAUACAUGAAAAAUUUGAAUAUAAAGAAGAAUUGGCAAAGAAAGAGAUAGAAGCACUGAAGGAACAAAAUCAUCAACAAAGAGAAGAACUAAAGGCAUUAGAGAACACAUUAAAACAACAAGAUCAAUCAACUGUUAGAAAGCUUGGAGAAAAAGAAGAAAGUUCCAAAACUUUACGAAAUGAAGUAAAGAAGAAGGAGAAGUUACUAAAGACAAUGGAGAAUAAGCUGAACUCUUUGAAAAAACAACUGGAAAAUAAGAACAUCUCUGCUGAAGAACUGAAUCAAGAGAAUAAGAGUUUGAAAAAAAAGUUUAUGGAAGAAACUAAGCAGUCUAGUGUUUAUAAAACUGAGAUACGUCAAUUGAACUUGGAACUCACAACUUCCAGUAAGCAGAAUGAAGAAACCAUACAGGCACUUCAAAAGGAAAUUGAAGAACUGAAACACGAAAAAGAAAAACUAAAUGAAGAGACAAAAUCAUUGAAAGAUGUAGCAGAAACAACACUUCAGACACAGAAAGAAACUGAGAUUAUGUGCCGAAACAAGAUUACUGAAAUGGUUACACUCAUGGAAAAACACAAGCACCAGUAUGAUAAAAUGGUUGAUGAAAAAGAUGCAGAAUUGAAAUGCUGGAAGGAAAAACAACUAACUAUCAACUUAUCUAAAAAUGCUUUGGAAGAAGAACUAAGAUCUCUCAAAAAUGAACUCUCUGGUGUAAAGCAACAACUUAAAGAAGUGAAUGAUGAAAAGGAAACUUUUGCAAAUCAAGUUACAACAUUGAAGGGCACAGUCAAAUCUUUAAAAGAUGAAUUAAAGAAGGUACCUGAUUUGAAACUAUUGACAAGACUUGUUUUAUAUAUUGUAGAAGCUGUUAUUUAA